GGCAUUGCCUCUGUUUCCUGCCAGAGAUAGGAACUAUAAAAGGCAGGCUGUUUCUUAAAAGUUUGACUGAUUUGGAUGCUGCUGCUGUUGGUGUUGCAGGGACAGGGGGUCCUGGAGAGCAGAGGGAGCACACGCGGUUGGAGAUAGAAGAUGGCAGAGGCUGACGGCACAAUUAUCAACACCAACGUGAAACAGAAAGACCCAAAUGAGGCGCUGGUCAUUGCUGUGACGACUAGAGCCAUCUUCAACCUAGAGGAGGAACAUGAGCUGUUCCUGACAAAGGGCAAGGAGGAGUUUGUGAGGCACCAGCAAGCCAAUCAGGAUAAGCCUCUGGAGCAAGGUACAGCCUUCCCUUUCAUUCAGGCAGUACAAUAUGUGAAUCAGAAACUCCUGGAGAGAAACCCUGAGGAAAAGAGGCUUUUUGAUGUCAUUGUGCUCUCCAACAACAGCCCAGAGAGUGGUGUGCGCAUUGUAAACAGCGCUAAGCAAUAUGGUUUGGAGAUCUCCAAAUUCUGCUUCGUCAGCGAUGAAGACUCCACCCAGUACUUGAAGUCCCAUAAUGUCAAUCUCUUCCUUUCGGCCGACAGGACGGAUGUGUGCAAUGCCCUUCGGAGAGGGGUUUCAGCUGCACUCAUCUUCCAGCAGGAGGUGCAGGCUCCCAACACCCAGCUGCGGGUGGUGUUUGAUGGGGAUGCUGUGCUCUUCUCAGAUGAGACAGAGCGGGUUUUUCAAGAGAAGGGGCUGGAGGGAGCUGUGGAGUAUGAGAAGAGAAUGGAGGCCGUGCCAAUGGGAGAGGGUCCACUGAAGGCAUUUGCCAUGCAUCUUGGGAAGAUGCGUCAGAAGUUCAGCCAAGAGAAUUCCCCUAUUCGCACUUACUUGGUGACUGCCCGUAGCGGCCGUGACAUGGGCAUCCGUACCAUCAAAACCCUUCGUGAAUGGGGGCUGGCAAUCGAUGAGGCCUUCUUCAUGGAUGGGGCUCCCAAAGGCCCCAUUCUCUCCAAGAUCCAACCCCACAUCUUCUUCGAUGAUGGGCUUCAUCACAUCCAGGGGGCCCAGGAUGUCGGCAUACCUUCAGCAUGGGUCCCUUGUGACUGCUGAUGGCCAUGGAUGAAGUCAAAUGUCAUCCAAAUUACCUAAAGUGCAUUUGUCAAAUGUCAAGCCAAAGUUUACAGUGGAAGGGGUAAAGAGAGGAUUUUUAAACCUGCAUCAAACUCAAGAGAGAGGGAGGAGAAUUCUGCAUGUGGAUGUGAUGCUGAGUAUAUUAUCCUUGUGUCUCUCUGUUCCAAAGACAUGCUCCAUUUGAUUUUUGGGAAGUGACAAAAGAAGCCUAAAAUUUUACCAGAAGUACCUGCUUGAAAUGUCCCCUAUACACCUCUCAUCAUUUGCUAUAAGCUGUCUCUCCCAGGAUUGUAGCCCAUAGGGCCAGCAUGCCACAGCAAUCCUUCUGUGUGCUUCAAAACUACUGCUUCUUUAAAAUGCCCUGUAAUACAAGUGCUGAAACAACAGCUCGGAUGAAGAGACCCAUGGGAGCUGAAGAGAACAUGUAAUCAUGUCACAUUGACUUGGCAAUGUGUAAACUAUAGCUGUAGUCAGAGAUGAAUGUUGGUCUUUAGGAUUUGGGGCCAAUACUACCUAAAUUCCCAAAUGUCUGCUAAGUGCUGAAUCUGUUGAGGACUUUAUUUUUCCAAAGGAUUUUUUACAUGAAUAUUUUGUAUGUGCUCGGCCAAAUCCUGUGAAGUGCUAAGCCAUUCACUCCAGCAGAAAAUAUAGGUGUUCAGCACUUUCUGGGAUUUCAUCCAUUUAAGUAUAUAUCUUCUCAUUGGUUCUGGCUUGAAUUUAAACCUGGGCCAGAAUCAGGUCGCACAGUAGCAUGAAUCUGCAGUCAUUUCCAGAGAAGUCAAUGAAGUUAUAUCACUGCAGUUGAGAUGACACUCAAACCUUGAAUAUGUUGUAGUGAAAUGAACAGCAACAUCUCCCUCUCUCUUCCACUCUUCUGCCUUCGUGCCAGCCACACAGCCUCUCUGCAGCUCUCUUCAAACAGCACAGUGCAAGUGUGUCACUGUCACUUUAUAACGCAUAACUUUAUAACAGCGCUUUUCUUGCAGUAUCUCAGGGAUGAGUUGGCAAUAGCGCAGGAAUGACAGUCCCCAUGCUGUAGCUGCCUAUUCAUGUUUAGGACCCUAGACAAAUCAUGCAGGACCCCUAGCCACUGGGGUAUGUGUAUGUUUAACAAGUAGGCUUCUAAGCCACGUUCUUUAUUACAAGCUAUGAAACCACAGCUUCAGUGACUGGGUAAGCAUGCAAGUUGAAGAAACAUUGCUGAAUCACAGGUGGUAAGAAAUCCGAGUUACUGCAAUGUCCAGUCUCUUUUUAGAGAAACAGAUUUGGCUGGAUUGUAUCAUAGCAUCAGUAUGAUGCAGAGUUUUCAGGUAAGAAAUGUACUGUAUUUUAGGGGCAUGUGAGUGUGUAUCUAUUUAUAAAGAGAAAUAGUGACCAGAUUCUCAGUACAUGUAAAUCUAUGGUAGCUCUGUUGACUACACUAGUUUAGAAUGGCUGAGGAUCUGGGGGAGGUGUGAGAGUGAGGGAGAGAGAUGCUGGAAUAAUGGCCUGUCAUUUCAGAUAUCACAGCAAAGGGCUCAGACCAGUACCAUGCAAACACUGCAUUGCCUUGCGUCUUAGGCUAAAGCCCAUUUAUCCUCUUCUCCUUGCUGGCCUCAAUAGCUGGUAUCUGAUGGCACUGGGAUAUUGCUUUUGCUGGCACCAGUGCAUCUUAUGCCUAGAGUGAGUGGAUUUGGUUUGGGCUUUUUUACUAGAGAGGAUGCAGUAAGUUGGAGCCACUCUGACUUUGCUAGAUUGCGGUAGUAGGUUUCGAGUAUUAUUGUAGCUGUGAUGGUCGAAGAAACAUGUGAGAAGCAAGGGUUUUUGGGAUAUUUUUUAUUGGACAAGCUAUAUAAUUUGAAGAGAUGUUAGACAAUCUUCCAUGUACCUGAAGAAGGGCACUUUGUGCCUGAAAGCUUGUCCAACAUCUCUCUCAACUAUACAGUUGGUCCAGUAAUAUACUGCGAAAAAAACACUUCCUUCUUUGCCAGAUUGCAAUUUUUUUGCCAAGGACUGAAUUUGAGCAAUCGGUCUAUGCACACAUUCACCACUAGAGGCCACCGUGCCAUCUCACUGAGAGGUGCAGGCUGGCUAGCUGGCCCUACCAUGGCUGCAGAUGUGCAGGGGACAGAGUUAGUACUCAGAGCUCUUAGCUUCCUUCUCCCAGGGGUCUGUUUUAAACAGUGGGUAUGAAUCAAAUAUGCCUUGAAAAGGCCCAUUUAAAAAGGUAUUAGUAGACAUAGCCACACAAAUGAUGGACAUUCCAUAAAUGCAGGGCCCAUUGAAGUGAAAAAAUACUCAUAGACCAACUUGAAGCAAAGAAUUCAUCCCUGGUCCUCAGUUCUCUUUUCCUGAGCCUGGAAGAGCCUAGGAGCAGAGCUGCAGGAGCAAGUGUUGCCCAGAAGCAGUUUUGCUUCCCUGACAGCUGAUGGAUGGAGAUGCAGCAGUUAACUCAGGGGAGUCCCUUCCCCAACGCUAGUUGAAAAGAUGCCUGUUGUACCACUGGGAGCGGGAAGGUCCGGGACAGAAGGGGAUAAGGUAAAGCACCCCCAGGUUCUAGUAGGAGUAUUGAUGACAGCUCUUACUCCAAAGGGGGAGAUUAUGCUACCUCUUUUGUAAAUAGAUUUCUCAUAGGAAGAGACAUCUUUAGUUUGAACUUUGGUAGUUGGCUCUAUGGUUUGAUGAGUGUAAGGAGUGCUGAGCUGCAGUCAUUGGUGCAGAAAGGCCUUAAAGUACACUUUCCACCAAUGGCAAUGCAAGAAGAGUGGGUUAAAAAUGGUCUUUUUUUUUUUCCUUGGACAAAAUAAUGUUAAUACAGAGAUUUUAUUUUGAUUUUUCUAUGAAAGAAGGAAUGAUUUUCCCAAGUUAAAGGAGAGUUUUCAGUUCAUUUCAAAAAGGGAACUUAAUUUUAGUUUCAUCUUCAUUUUCAAAAAAAAUUAAUUGAAACUUAGCAAAAUAAGCUUGGUUUCCUAUUGAAUCUUUAAAAAAAAAAAAAAAGCAAAAAAUCCCCAAAUCCUGUCAAAUAGGAUAAGUUUCAUAAAGCACUUUACUGAAAUUAGUAGUGAUGGGGGCGGGGGGAAUAGGAGGAAGACAGCAGAGAAUGGUUCAUCAGCUCUAAAUACCAGUAACAGUGGCACAAGUUACGUUUUCUACUGUGUUUUAGCCUCAAGUCAUUUGAGGCUCCUAUAAGUGAACUCUGAGCAUUUAUUCCACCAGUCCUUAAAGAGGGGGAUCAUAGAUUUCACAAAUGAGAGUCCUGUGAGAGCAUCUCUGCCUUAUGCCACAUUGGAUAGGAUGCAAUGUCUCGCAAUGGGGCUUAUAUCCGACUCUUCCACAGAGAAGUAGAUUGUUGCUAAAAUUCUCUCCUAUUCAUGUUGCCCCUUCCUUUAGGUUACCCCAUGUCCUUUCAGCGUUACAAACUUUUCUCCAUUUACUGCAUUCUUCAUUUACUUAUCACAUCGGAUAACAUGGUGCAUCAUCAACCCUUGCACCUUCAGUCCUGGUUGGCUCAUCUUUACUAUUUUUAUUUAAAUUUUCUUCAGUGAGAGAAGCCAGAAAAAUCCAUGUCUGUAGCAUAGAUAAAAAUGAGGAUAACACUGAGCCAGGACAGGUAUUUGGAAGGUCAUUGUUGGUUAAUAUAACAUUAACUGUGCCAAACUGAUAAAGAAAUAUCUAGAUAGGAAAUGAGAAGGAUAUUGUACAUUAGACAGAAUACUCUGAAUAACAUCACGAAAAAAGAUGGGAACACGAGAUCAACACUGUUAUUACCAUACAGCCCCAGUCGAUGAGUUAAUUAAGGAUCAUGGGAGAAACAAGGGGGGGGGGGAAGGCAAUUAUUUUCUAUUUAACUGUGUUCAGAAAAUAUAACUUUAAAAAAAUGAUUUACAAUUUAAAUUCAACUCCUUCAAAUGCUGUUUUCUGCAAUAAAUAAAAUGCAUUGAUAUCAAA